AUGGAGAAAAAUCCUCAACCGCAAAGCGCUUCUGGCAAGCGCCCCUACGACGAGGCCUUCGGCUGGUCCGAAGCCUCUGAGGGGAAGAAAUCCAAGACCGGCGAGGAGUCUUGUACUCGUCCGUCCUUCCCCGUCUCCUGCCAGGACGGGCAUCUCUGCGAAAACGCGGCGUUCUGGCAAGGGAAGGCCAUCAAGAACCAACAGUCGGCCAAGGCGUGGAGAGACCAGGCCAUCCAGCUCCAACAGUGUCUCAACGCCAUUUUCGCGGCACUCCAGUCCGGGCAGCUCGAAAUCGGCCAGCAGAACCAAGCGACGGCUCACCCACUUCCGCCACCCCAGUCCGAGUCCCCAGAACCAUAUGAAGAAGGGAUAUGUGGCACCUCCCCUCUGGAGCACGACGUGAAGAGGGCAAGGGAGCAGACAAGGCGGAACCAACGCACCACUGCUCGUGCUGCCUCGGGUUGUUCCGCAUCUCGCGCCGAUCCUGCUCAGGAGACCGAUCCUCAGGAGACCGAAACCUUCGACGAGUUCGCGGUCAGCUUUGAGGCAGCCCUGCAGGAGGAUGCGUGA